AUGCCAGCUGGCAGGAGGUUCUGGUGGGCAUGGGUGUGGGUGUGUGGUGCCCGGGGGAAUGGGCUCCUGGCAGGAAGAAUCAGUGGGCAGGGCACAGGCGGGCAGGAAGGAAAGGGGCCCAGGAGGCCCCCGUGGGAAGGAACCUCCACACGGCCCAGCCCGGGGCGGCCGGGGAGCCGGGAGGGCAGCUCCCACUUCUGUUCGCGCCGCGAGCGCCCUCUCCAGUUUUCAGGGUUUUGUCAUAUUCUGGCUGUUGCCUCCGACGCCCCGGGGCUUGUGCGGCGAGACCAGAGGAAGCUGGGGGCGUGUGCACCGCAGGUUCACAGGGCCGGUCGGCUGAAGGGGGUCCUGGCCUUCAGCCGCGAAGGGCGUCAGGGCUUCUGUGUGCUGUCCACUUACUGCAGCUACGGCGUGGUCUUCCUGCGCCUAGGGCGGGCUGGCCAGGCCUUCAAGACCCUGCUGCUCCUCGCCUCCUGUGCACACACCAUCCUGCCGUGA